GCUAGGUUGUGUUUUUUUUUUUGUAUUAUUUCAGGUCCUAGCAUGUAAAUUGAAGCAAAGGCGCAAGUUUCAAGUCAAUCGGAAUUCAUUUGGCAAUUCGGGAGAAUAACCACGAGCAUGACCUGAGGAAGAAUGGAUUUCUACCUCAUAUUAUGGAAAAAUAAUCAUGGAAUUUUGUCAUGAAAAGAAAGAGGACGAGACUACGAGCGUCUUGGAUCAAACGGCGACUGAUUCGAAGUCCGGACGAGGGAGAAACGAAGCAUUAAACAGGAGUGGAGGAAGAGCAAUGCCAAGCCAAAUCCCUAAGAAUGCCUUCGAAGAUCAAAUUACGGGCAAGAGAAAAAUGAAGUACGGUAUUAAUUCCACAAAUAGUGGCAGUAAUUGGGUAAUUACGACCGUAAUUCCCCUCAUCAGAGAUAAGUGAAACGCGCGUUUUGGGCGAAAUACGGGCAGACCAUGUUUACGACCGUAAUUCAGCCCGUAUUUCGCCCAUAAUCGGGUUUUUUAGGCAGAUUGGAGCCAAAGGAGAGAGAGUCGACUUUUUGGAGCAAAAAUAGAGUUUUAGAGAGAGAAAGUGCAAAGAACAAACCCUAGGAGCUUUUUGGAGUGGAUUUCUCACCAUUGAAGCCCAGAUUGCAUCCCCAGGAGUGAAGAUCAUCAUCCUAGAGCAGAUUAUCCUCAUCUUUAUGAGUAUGACUACUUUGAUUUAUGUUUUCCUCUCUUUCUCUAUGGUGUAGAACUUUCUCUCACUUGGGUAUGAAGAACCCUAGUUCCAUGUGUUAGGGAUCUUGAUUGUAAUGACUUGGAAUUGUUAUAUUGUUUGAUUUUAAUCGAUUGAUGCAUGAUUUAUUGAGUCAAUUGAAGUCUGAUCAUCUUUUGUUGAUUUCUGCUACAACCUGAGAUAGAUAGAAUCUGAUUAGGUUGCUAGAGCUUCAUCAAUCGGUAGUGGUAGAUUGAUUAUACGAGAGUUAAUCGAUUUGCUGCUUUAUUCCAGUAGUGGUGUUCUGCCUUCAUAGCCUCAGCUUUCUAUCCCGGUGAAGACUAGUCGUCUGCCGGGUAGUUGGACUGAGAGGGCUUGGUAAGCUUAAGAGAUUCCAAGCUACUGUCGGAUCUUUCGCAGUUUAAUCAAUAGUUAAUCAACCCAGGGUAAUUACAACUGUGACCUAACUAAGGAGCUAGGGGGACUCAUUCCCAAGUGACUCUUCCCUUGCUUUAGAAAACCGAACCAUUUCCUGCUUUCUUACUGCUUUUAGUUAAAAUCACAAUCACUCGACUUAGUUUGCUAGAUAAUAGAUAUUCACGGAGUAUGCAGUAGAUCUAGACCCCGGGUUGACAAAUAGAGCUUUCCUGUUACUGCAUUUCCGGACUGCAAUUACACUUGGUCACAGUUUAGUGUUGUGUUUUAGCGUGUCACAUGUCUAUGUCACCGAGCCUCUCUCCGAGACAGUGCCCAGAUCGUUACGCCUUUUGUGUGGGUCGGAACUUACCCGACAAGGAAUUUUGCUACCUUAGGACUAUUAAAGUUACGCCCCUGUUACCUGAGGCUUCGGUCGCCGGCUCCCAUGUUAUAAGGUCACCAACUUUCUUGACCUUCCGACACUGGGAAGGCGUUAGCCCCCAUACAUGGACUUACCACUUUGCGGAGACAUGUGGUUUUGGUAAACAGUCGCUCGGGCCUGGUCACUUCGACCCCCCUUCGUGAGGAAGAAACCAUUCUCCCGAAGUUACGUGGGUAUUAUGUAGAGUUCCUUAGAGAGAGUUUUCUCGCGCCCCUAUGUAUUCUCUACCUACCGACCUGUGUCAGUUUCGUGUACAAGUACCCUUUGUUGAAGGUCGUUUGAGCUUUCCUUGGGAGUAUGGCAUGGGUUACUUCAGCGUUGUAGCGCCUGGUACUCGAACAUUGGCUCGAGGCAUUUUCUCUACCCUAAGAGCAAGGACAGCGUGUGUUCUUGAACGGAUAACCAUCUUUCAGCUAACCUAGCCUCCUCCGUCCCUCGGGACCAACAAGGGGUAGUACAGGAAUAUUCACAUGUUGUUUAUGGAUGAACCUUGCGGAGGAACCCUUAGGUUUUUGAGGCAUUGGAUUCUCACCAAUGUUUGCGUUACUCAUUUUGUAUCCAUUUAUCAUGAUAUUAUGCAUGUAUCAGAUAUAUCAUGGCGAAUUGUUCAGAAAAAAUUGUGUCUUCCGCAAUGGAAUCUAAUAGUGGGAUUUCGAGUAAGUUUUAUAUAAUCUUUUUGUCUGAAGAAAUGAUUCAUCGAAAUAAUGAGCCACUACUGAUAUCGGAAAUAACAUAGUUGUAUUUGAUUCAUGGGAUAAAAAAGCCUACUAGUAUCGGAAUAACAUAGUUGUAUUUGAUUCAUGGGAUAAAAAAAGCCUAGUAUUUGAUUUAUAGUGCUAAAAUGAUUAGUAAUAAUAAAAGGCCAUCCCCUUUUUCUUUCAUUACACUGAAUUGGAUAUAUUUUUCCAAGAAAAGAAAACCCUUUCAUUAGUAUUAAUUUUUAAUAAAAUUAAUAAACGAAAUUUUUAUAAUUUAAACAUUUUUUAUUCUUCAUUACCCCCAUAGAGAUAUUCCAGGGCUCAACCCUAGAUAGGCGAUGGAAACUGCCAAGCUGGAGUACGGCAGAGCCCGAGGGAAUUUCCGGUGGGGGGUUUCUGCCUUGUUAUAAAAAAGGGAGUUAGGGAAAAUUGUAACACAAUAUUGUUCUGAACUCUUUCAUUUUAUCAACCACAUGAAUCUUAGGAAUUAAAGUCGAGAUGGUAGAGUUUACUUGUAUGGACAUAAUCCCUGUUCUGAAUAAGUUCAACAUUGAGUCUUCGACUUCCUUAUGUAUAACAGGUCACUCAUUUUGUAGAACUCUGAGGCGAGUUGAUCUGCGAUGAUACAAGUGGUAAUCCUUGAAAAUUUUGGGGUCCUAUUUUGAUAAUGACUACUCAAAUCUAGCAACCAAUGUUUGAAUGAACGCAAAGGAAAUUA